AUGAUCUCCACGAUAGUCUCCUUCACAUCAUCAGCUGCCUCGACGUACAACUCCAAUCUACCAGAUCCGAACGAGACCACCUUCAGCUACCUCUACACUCUGUCCUCAGACUUUCCCAAUGCCACCAACAUCUCAAACUACUCUGACCCCAGUCACGUGACCCCUGUUUUCCCAACCUACAUCAGGACCACGUCCAUGGUGUUUUGUAUCCUGAUCAUGUGCUUGGGCGUGAUCGGGAACGUGAUGGUACCGAUAGUGAUCUUCAAGACCAAGGACAUGCGGAACAGUACGAACAUCUUCUUGGUGAACCUUAGUGUGGCUGAUUUGAUGGUGUUGUUGGUGUGCACUCCGACUGUGCUGGUGGAGGUGAACUCGAGGCCUGAGACGUGGGUACUUGGAAGAGAAAUGUGUAAGUAA